UGAUUAUGAUUAUGAUGCUUCCUCACUUGAUUCCGUACUCCCUUUCUCUCUCUUUCUCCACUUUUAACAUCAUCGAUGCCAUUGCCCACACGCAUACACAUGCCACUGUCACUGCCACUGCCACCACACUCAUGAGUCAUGUCUUCCAAUUCCAAACCCCACCGCCUCUCCGCCUGCCACCGCCACCCCUCCGUCCCCGUCACCGGCUUCUGCGCCCUCUGCCUCCGUGAACGCCUCGCCGGCAUCCCCUCCGACCACUCCCCUCCCCUGCCCGACCUCCGCCGCUCCAAGUCUUGCUCCCGCCCCACCGACCCCGCCUCCUCCCCCCGCCGCCGCUCCUGCGCCGACCGCCCCCGCAGCACCCUCUCCGAUCUCUUCACCCGCGACGACACCAGAAAAACAAACCGUUCCCACAAACCCAACUCCGAGGUUAGGGUUUGCAACGACGACCACCACGACGACGAGGAAACGAAGACGGUCAAGGAGUUCAUAGAUCUCGAGAUACUGCAGCGCCGCAAUAGGAACGCAGCCAGAGAUUCUAGAACCUUCUGGAACGCCGCAACUGAGAAGUUCAAGAAGUGGAAAUGGAAACACAGGUCGAAGAAAAACGGUGACGGUGAUAGCAGUGACAAUAAUAGUAUUCAUACGAACAGAAAUGCAGAGAAGCGAAGAGCGAGGACAUUGAGAGACACUCAAUCGGAGAUUGGAGAAUGCAAUUUGGGGAGAAGAUCCUGCGACACCGAUCCGAGGUUUUCGAUUGACGUGGGAAGAAUCUCGUUCGAUUGCCCUAGAGCUUCCUGGGAUGGAUGCUUGAUUGGAAAAUCGUGUUCCAGGCUUUCUCCAAUGGUUUCACUCGACGAAGAUUCCAAUUCCAAUUCUAAUUCCAAUACCAGUGACAACAAUAACAGUGUUGGUUUGGAUUUGGAAAGUUCUGGAGAUGGUAGAAGGAAUUUUGGGUUUGAUAGAUCAAACCCUCGUAGGAGACGGUCCAUUGCGGAGCUUGAUGAGUUAAAAUCGAUGUCAAAUGUAAAUGCAAAUGUGAAGGUGUCUCCGGCCACCUUCUAUGGUGCCAAGUUGCUGAUUACUGAGAAGGAGUUGAUGGAUAGUUAUGUAAGAUCUUCGAGUGGUGAUGUUGUUCAAUCUGAUUGUGUGGUGGAAUCUGAUUCCAAGGAUGUUGCUGAUGUGGCCACUAGGCAAAAGGGUUCGAAGAAGUUGCAGAAAUGGCGUGGCGUGUGGAACAAGUUGGGAUUAGUACAGGGAACUGAGAGAAAGGAGGAUAGGGUGAGGGAAGAGGAGGGUGAUUCUGGGGUUGAGGUUGACAAGCCUCUUGCAGAGUCUUUGGAGAGGCUGAGGAGGGUGGUUAAUGUGCAAGCAAGUGAGCCUGUUGGGCAGAAGCUUAUGCGUAGCUAUAGCGUUAGCUGUAGAAGCCCGUGUGGAACGGAUGGUUUUGCCACGGAGGAGUCUGAGAACAAAGGGAGUGCUUUGAAUGGGAGACAAGAGCUUAUGUUUCAGAGGAACCGGAGCGUUAGGUAUUCACCUAAUAAUCCCGACACUGGCUUGUUGAGGUUCUAUUUGACUCCCACAAAGAGCUACAAGAGAAGCAAGGUCGGAAGGAGUAGUGUUAAGGAUUUGCAUUCAGCAGCCAGAAGUGGCUUGUAAAACUGUGUUAGCUGUUGAAACUCCAAAGUAUGUCUGGCUGUAAAAACAUAAAAAAUGUAAUUUUUGUUGUUCAUGAUAUGAAGUACAUCACACUGAUAUUAGAUUAUGGUUGCAAUUUGUCUAAUGAUGCUGGUAGCAAAAAUAAAGUAUUCUUUCCUUGAUGCUGUUGAGAUGGUAAUUUUCUAAUUGCAGUGGCUCUAGGAGCCUGGGAGCAACCCUUGAUUU